AUGUCUCAAACUACUCCGGUGCUGGGAGGACCUUUGGUCUCUUGGAAGGUGUUUUGGCUAGGCGUGGUGCCAACACUCGCCGCUGCCCUGGUCCUCCCCAGCAUCUUCGGGGCAUGGUACGUGUCAAGCGUCAUCGGUGGCCUCAUUCUUCUUUACCUUUUCGCCGAGGUGAUCAUCCUCUUCUUCUUCAAGAAUCACUUCCAGCUCUGGGCACUGCAGAGGCCCUGGAACUUCCUCGCUCGCCUCCUCCUACCACCCGUGGAGGUCAUAGACAGCCUCACAGCUGGCAGCACCUACAUCUCGAUGAUCGUAUAUGGGAAGUGGGGUAAGAACUUUUGCGCCUCUGGUCAGGUGUGGCUAGGCAGCCACGCUGAUGUCACCCAGGCCGUGCAGAAUCCCCAAGGCCGAACUUUCUGGCUGGGCGAGCACCCCUUGCUGCCAAGCAACUUGCCUCGCGGGGAGUCUGGUCGCUGUGUCUUCCUACUGAGCCUCUCCAGCAAGGCUGCGGGGGGCACCGGGGACCACGAGGCCUUCCGCCAGUGCGUAGUAGACACCGUUUUGAACGAGGCCUCCGUGGCCAGGGAGGCCGAUGAGAUGUCCCAGCGACUUUUUGAGCAGUGUGCUGAAGACUUCAUGAAACAAGAUACCGGCUUUGACUUCUAUACUGGAGCGGACGGUGGCAACCAGGAAUUCUGGACCAAGUAUCUUCAUCAUGUACUCUUUGGGUUGGACAUCGAAGAUAAGGAGGUGAUGACCACACUCAAUGCCUUCUACGCAGGGCAGUCCAGCUUGAUGCACUACCUGGACCCCAUGGGCCAUCUCUUUUCCCAGCACGAGAAGAUCGCUAAGGUCGCAGACCUCUACGAGAAGUCCCCGGCAUUCAGCAACUUCGAGGUCAAGCCGGAGUACAACAACAUGACUGCCAAAGAGCUAGCCCUGCUCAUGUCAAGCAUCAUACGGAUCGCGGGCGUCCAGGGCUCUCGCAUGUUCACUUGGCUUUGUACUUCUGGCGUCCAGCAUGGCAAUCUCCUAAUCGAUGCCCGCACCGUUUGGGACUCCCUGGAUCUGGAGGACGAGGACGAAGUUUUGCGGUACAUCCUCGAGGUCGCUCGUCUCUCCCCUCCCGUCACGGUCUCCCACCGCGUCGCUACGGAGCCCUCCUCCUGUGACAUUGCAGGCCGGACAUACAGCUUUCCGAAAGGCACCAAAGUGGGCACCCCCCUCUUUUUGGCCAACAUCGAUCCCGUCGUCUGGGGUGCGGACGCAUUGGACUUUAAUCAUAAGCGCCAGGGCCUCAAGGAAAACCACACCGGCUUCAACGCUGUAAAUGGGCUGGGACCGCGCGAAUGUCCAGGCAAAGACCUUGUGCUCAGAAGCAUGGUUCGCCUGCUGCAGGUCAUCGGCAAGAAGAGGAGGCAGCCAAGCACCAGCCCACAAAGUGUUUGA